AACAUUUGUUGCCUGCUCUCGUGUCCGUUGCCUCCAAGACUUGCUCUUUACGCCGCCAUUUCCUUACCAGCGGCUCUCCAGCCUCUCAAACAGCAGUCGUCUCAAGGACAGACAAGAAGAAGACCAGCGGCUUCUCUCUCUACAGCCAUCCACCACUCAGUACUUUACAUCUACCACCAUUUAACCAACCGCAUGAAGAAGCCACUACAUCUUCAACAA